AUGGAGAACGAGCAACUCUUUGCGGGCGAGCCCGAGAUAGAUGUCCGGGCACGCGCUCGUGCGACUCCUACAGAGGGUGACGCGCUGCUGUCUCCCCAGGCAUCCGGGGAAUCCCCGCUAGAAGACCAUGCCCAAGAUGACCGACCGCGAUGGAGGAGACCGAACAUUUGGUGGCUCCUCCCAUUUAGCCUUCUGUUCACGCUGGGCCUUGGCGGAAUGGCCGUGCCCAGGAUCAAUCUGAUCAUGUCGCUCAUUUGCCGGGAUUAUCUAGCAGAGAAGUCAACCCAAGACCCCGGGUUUACUUCCCUCCCUGUUAUAUUUGGCGAGGACAAUCCUCAAUGUCAUAUCCCACAGGUUCAAUCACUUGUCGCGCAGUUCCAGCUGUAUCUCAACCUCAUCACGGGUAUACUCUCCGCGUUAGUCAGUCCCAGACUUGGCCACUUGUCCGAUCGAUAUGGAAGAACCAAAAUGAUCGCACUGGGUUCGCUGGGCGCGGUGCUUAACGAGGUCAUCACUGCGACCGUGGCUACCUGGCCUGAUCAGAUGUCGGCCAAUUGGCUUCUUGUUGGAGCCAUGCUCGAUGGACUGGGCGGCUCAUUCACAACCGCGCAGGCUCUGUGCCAUUCUUACGCCUCGGAUUGCACGCGCAUUGAAAAGCGAAGCGUGGCAUUUGGUUUCUUCCACGGCGCUUUAUUCUUUGGAAUCGCAGUUGGGCCUGGUGUCGCUGCGUUUAUCAUUAAGUACGCGGGAGCUCUGCCCGUGUUUUACAUUGCACUGGCAUUACAUGCUUCGUUCUGCAUGUCGCUCUUCUUCAUCGUUCCUGAAUCCUUGUCUAAGGAUCGGCAGCUCGCUGCUCGCGAAAAACACCGGUUGAAACCUUCGGAUGUUGACGCUCCUAAGUGGUACUCUUGGCGUAUCUGGAACCCGAUGAACUUGAUCACGCCUCUUGCUAUCCUUAUGCCGGCAGUCGGACGACCAAGCGUCUUGUUCACUAAUCACCGUGGCGCCAGCCCGGCUCUGCGGCGAAACAUUGUGCUGUUGGCAGCUAUCGACACAGUUAUUUUCGGUAUCGCAUUGGGCACUGCUCAGAUCAUCAUUAUCUAUGCUGAGUAUAUGUUCAACUGGGGCAACGUGGAAUCCAGUAUCUUCAUCGCUAUCAUUAACGUUUCGCGUGUGAUCAAUUUGUUCGUGGUGCUCCCAUUGAUUUCUUGGCUCUUCCGCACCCCAGUCAAGGAUGACGGGAGUAUCCGAGGCUCUGAUAUGCUGGACGUUACUCUCAUCCGCUUAUCAGUCGUGUUUGAUGUGUUGGGCUUUGUUGGGUUUGCCAUGUCCAAGCAUCCAUCGGUAAUGAUCCUUUCUGGUGUAGUCGCCUCGCUUGGUGGCAUGGGGUCAGCUAUUCUGCAAUCAUCACUCACCAAGCAUGUGCCCCAUGAACGGAUUGGACAAAUGCUUGGUGCUACUGGUCUCUUGCAUGCCCUUGCUCGCAUUGUUGCGCCGACUAUUUUCAAUCUAAUCUACAGCUUGACUGUCGCAACCCUACCCCAGACAGUCUUUGUGGCCCUUGCGGUCACUUUUGGUGUCGCGUUCCUCGCAAGUCUGUUGAUCAGACCACAUGUUACCCUCGAAAGAUCCGAGUUAGAUCCUGCAGAUAUGAGAGCCGAAGCAAACGAAGACGGUGAUGAUGAGGAUGACGCUCUUUUGAGAUAG